AUGUCAAAGAACAAUCCAGACCCGAGUAUUACAACAGAUUUCGAACCGGGCAAGACGGAUACCUCGCAUGUUGAAUUUUCUGCCAAUUCGAGGCUCGACAAGAAACAGCGUCGCAAACUUAAAUGGAAGCUCGACUGGUUUAUUUUGCCGCUCAUUUCAGCUGUCUACUUCUUUGGUUCUAUGGAUCGCUCUGACCUCGCAAAUGCUCUAAUUGCCGGUCUUGAGGAGGAGUUACAUCUUUCACCAAAGGACUACUCAAACGCUUCCUCCAUGUUUUUGGUUUCUUAUGUUGUAUUCCAGCUACCGGGCACUCUAUUAAUCAAGAAAAUACGCGCACCAGUGCAGUUUUGCGGCGCAAUGGUACUUUGGGGUUUACUCACCGUCCUCACGGUUUUGGUCAAAUCCAGUGGUCAAUUAAUAGCCAUGCGAUUUCUCAUCGGUGCUGCAGAGGCCUUUGUACAAGGCGGUGCAUUUUAUCUUUCAUUUUGGUACGAAUACCAUGAGCUCGCUACUCGGAGUGCAAUUUUCUUUUCAACGUCAACUCUUGCCGGUGCCUUUAAUGGAUUACUUGCCUACGGAAUCAGCAAGAAUUUAGACGGUACAAAUGGAUGGCGAGCUUGGAAAUGGAUCUUUCUUAUUGAAGGAAUUCUACCUAUCGGGUUCGCCUUCGUUGUUCUUUUCUUUCUUCCAGCUUCGCCUUCGGAAGUUCGACACGGUUUCAGCGAGAUCGAGAAAGAAGAGUUGAUUCAAAGAAGUGAGAGAUGUCACAAUUCGUCAGAGGCGCGCCUACAACCGAAGAAGAUAUUAGAGCUCUUGAUGAGCAUACACUUCUGGCUAUUUACUGUUUUAUACUGCGUCUCUCUUUUCACAGUAUCUUCCUUGUCUAAUUUCCUACCCGCGCUCGUUCAUGGUUUUGGAUACAGCUCAAUCGGGGCUCAGUUGUUCACAGUGAUCGUAUAUGCAUGCGCUUGCUUGGGCAUUCUAUUCUUCUCCAGAAUUGCGGACAAAACAAAUGCUCGCGGGCUCACGGUUACGCUGUCCUCUAUCGGGGGGAUUGUAGGUUAUGCAAUGUUGAUUGGACUCGAGAAUCGCGAUGCUAGAUUUGCCGCCACUUGCAUAGUAGCCUUUUGCAUGUAUUCCAAAGUUGUUUUAGUUCUGUCCUGGGCAGCUAUGAACUUCAUCGGUUAUACAAGGAGGUGA